AAGUGGUUUUUGAGUUGUGUUCAUAGACACUUAAGCACUUGGGUAGAAGGUGCUUGGAGCUUUGGGCCUCUCACCUGGCUUUAAUGAAAGCAUUUCAGGUUUAAUUUGUUAUUAUGUUGGACUUUGGGGUAAAAUUUUGCUUGACGAAAAGAGUUCUGAUGUCAAAAAUAAUUUUAAAAUUCUUGUUGUAUUUCUUGUCUUCCUGAUUCUCAGUUAUCCGUAUAGUGCAUUUAGUCAUCACCACCCCCUCAAAGGUAAAAAAACCUAAGCUUCUUGAAAUCAAGGAUAUUUUAUCUUAUUCAUCUAUGCUUCUUAAAUAUCUGUUGAAUGAAUGCUGGAUAUAGUAACAGAAGUUAUUGAAUAGCAUGUAAUUUCUAUUUAUUUGUUUAUUUUAGCUGUCAAGUGGGAAUCCUGUAUAUGAAAAAUACUAUAGACAGGUUGAUACGGGCAAUACUGGAAGAGUGUUGGCUUCUGAUGCUGCUGCUUUCCUGAAAAAAUCAGGACUUCCAGACUUGAUACUUGGAAAGAUUUGGGAUUUAGCUGACACAGAUGGCAAAGGUAUCCUGAACAAACAAGAAUUCUUUGUUGCUUUGCGUCUGGUGGCAUGUGCCCAGAAUGGAUUGGAUGUUUCACUCAGUAGCUUGAACCUGGCUGUUCCUCCACCAAGAUUUCAUGAUACCGGUAGUCCUUUACUAAUCAGUGGAACCUCAGCAGCUGAACUCCCAUGGGCUGUAAGAUCUGAAGAUAAGGCCAAAUACGAUGCAAUUUUUGAUAGUUUAAGCCCAGUGAAUGGAUUUCUGUCUGGUGGUAAAGUGAAACCAGUGUUGCUCAACUCUAAGUUACCUGUGGAUAUCCUUGGAAGAGUUUGGGAGUUGAGUGAUAUUGACCAUGAUGGGAUGCUUGACAGAGAUGAGUUUGCAGUUGCCAUGUUUUUGGUGUACUGUGCACUGGAGAAGGAACCUGUGCCAAUGUCCUUGCCUCCAGCCUUGGUGCCACCUUCUAAGAGAAAAACGUGGGUUGUAUCUCCUGCAGAAAAAGCUAAAUAUGAUGAAAUCUUUCUGAAAACUGAUAAAGAUAUGGAUGGAUUUGUGUCUGGAUUGGAGGUCCGUGAAAUCUUCCUCAAGACGGGUUUACCUUCUGCCUUACUAGCCCACAUUUGGGCAUUGUGUGACACAAAGGACUGUGGGAAGCUUUCAAACGAUCAAUUUGCCUUGGCUUUUCACUUAAUCAAUCAAAAGUUAAUAAAGGGCAUUGAUCCUCCUCAGAUUCUUACUCCUGAGAUGAUCCCACCAUCAGACAGGGCCAGUUUACAAAAGAACAUCAUAGGAUCAAGUCCUGUUGCAGAUUUCUCUGCUAUUAAGGAGCUAGAUACCCUUAACAAUGAAAUAGUUGACCUACAGAGGGAAAAGAAUAAUGCAGAACAGGACCUUAAGGAGAAAGAAGAUACUGUUAAACAGAAGACAAGCGAGGUUCAGGAUCUUCAAGAUGAAGUUCAAAGGGAAAAUACUAAUCUGCAAAAGCUACAGGCCCAGAAACAGCAAGUACAGGAACUCCUUGAUGAGCUGGAUGAGCAGAAAGCCCAGCUGGAGGAGCAGCUCAAGGAAGUCAGAAAGAAAUGUGCUGAGGAAGCCCAGCGGAUCUCUUCUCUGAAAGCUGAAUUAACUAGUCAAGAAUCACAGAUCUCCACUUAUGAAGAAGAACUGGCUAAAGCCAGAGAAGAGCUGAGCCGCCUACAGCAAGAGACAGCAGAAUUAGAGGAGAGUGUGGAGUCAGGGAAGGCUCAUUUGGGACCUCUUCAACAGCAUCUACAAGAUUCACAACAGGAAAUCAGUUCAAUGCAAAUGAAACUAAUGGAAAUGAAAGAACUAGAAAACCAUAACCAUCAGUUAAAUUGGUGCAGUAGUCCGCACAGCAUUCUUGUAAAUGGUGCUGUAGAUUACUGCAGCCUCAGCACCAGCAGCAGUGAAACAGCCAACCUUAAUGAGCAAGCUGAAGGCCAGAGCAACCUAGAGGCUGAGCCCAUACACCAGGAAUCUCCAGCAAGAAGUAGCCCUGAAAUACCACCUACUGGUAUGACUUAUGAAAAGGAAGUGGUGACUGCAGCUGUUAAUGGAAAAGCUUGUCCUGAAUUUAACAGUGACAAACACUCAAAAGAGGAAGAUCCAUUUAAUGUAGAAUCAAGCUCACUGACAGAUCCAGUGGCAGAUACAAACUUGGAUUUCUUCCAGUCUGAUCCUUUUGUUGGCAGUGAUCCUUUCAAGGAUGAUCCUUUUGGGAAAAUUGAUCCAUUUGGAGGUGAUCCUUUCAAAGGUUCAGAUCCAUUUGCAUCUGACUGUUUCUUCAAGCAAUCUUCUGCUGAUCCUUUUGCCACUUCGAGUACUGACCCUUUCAGUGCAGCCAGCAGUAACAGUAAUACAUCGGUAGAAACAUUGAAGCACAAUGAUCCUUUUGCUCCUGGUGGGACCAUUGUUGUUGCGGCAAGUGAUUCAGCCACCGAUCCCUUUGCUUCUGUUUUUGGAAAUGAAUCAUUUGGAGAUGGAUUUGCUGACUUCAGCACAUUGUCAGAGGUCAACAAUGAGGAUCCAUUUAGUUCUGCCACAUUGAGUUCUGCCAGUAAUAUGGUCACUACAAAAAAUGUGUUUGAGGAAACAUCAUUCAAAAGUGAAGAUGUGCCCCCAGCACUGCCACCAAAGAUCGGGACUCCAACAAGACCUUGCCCACCACCACCUGGGAAAAGACCAGUCAACAAAUUGGAUUCUUCUGAUCCCUUUAAACUGAAAGAUCCAUUUCAGCCUUUCCCAGGCAAUGAUAGCCCCAAAGAAAAAGAUCCUGAUAUGUUUUGCGAUCCAUUCACUUCUACUACUACUACUACUACCACUGCCAAUAAAGAGGCUGACCCAAGCAAUUUUGCUAACUUCAGUGCUUAUCCCUCUGAAGAAGAUAUGAUUGAAUGGGCCAAGAGAGAAAGUGAGAGAGAGGAAGAGCAGAGGCUUGCCCGACUAAAUCAGCAAGAGCAAGAAGACUUAGAACUGGCUAUUGCACUCAGCAAAUCUGAGAUAUCAGAAGCGUGAAGAAUUCUCAUGUCCUUUGUCAACAACAUUCUUCUUCCUGAAUACUGAAGCUAUUUACAAUGUGUAUCAAACUACCUAUGAGCAUGGGGAUACAAAGGUUUGAGAUUCCUGUAAAUGUGACAAAAGUUUUUUUUUUUUUUUUAACUCCGUUUCAGAUUUGUCUCCCAACUCCCAUAAAAGCAGUAACCCAGUCAAACGACUUCACCUAGGCCCCUGUUCUGGUGUGCAUUUACUGUGAGCUUUUCUCUGUCUGUGCUACUUUAACUUGUAAAGCUAGAGCACCCAAGCUUCUGCCUUCUGGAAUAUAGAGAAAUAGUUUCAUCCCGGCACUACCCUUAUUCUGUGGUUAUUCUGAUGAUAGCCAGUGGGAUUCUUAAAGUUUGCAGUAUUCUCCCCUGAUUUGAAUGGCUGAGGGAGGGGAAGGGAAAGAACAUCCUAUUUCUUUUAUGAUGGUGCAAACUGGCUACUGCAAAGUGCAUGUUUGCAUUUCCUUUUAAUAAAAGUGCUCUUUAGUUUGUUUUUUAGGGACGAGGAAAACUUUUUGCAAAAAUUGACUCAGCUAUUUAAAAAGAGAUGCUUUGGUUUGAACCAUUAUAGGUUCAGGUUUGAUCUUUUCUUAAAUAAAAACAUGAAAGCCUCAUGUGUGAAAUAUAUUUUAAAAAUAAUUUCUGUGGAUUUAAAGAAUUUUAGAUCAACAGACACCUUUCCAUGUGUUUGCUAAUUAAUAAAAUCAGUUUCUUACAAAUCAGAUUUGUAAGACAAUGCACAUUUGAAGUGCUAGAUAAUGAGAAAAAUUUAUCACCUAAAAUGUACCCAUCAGUCAAAGGUAAGCAAAAGUCUUAACAUGGCAGCCAUUCUGCCUUUGCUGUGGCACUGACCUCUUUAGUUCAUGAUAGGUUUAUUUCUGUACUUUUGCAGAAGAAACUUUAGUGAGCUAGAACUGGAAGGUACUUUAAUUUUUCAUAUAUAUAUUUUUGUUUUGCUUAAUGAAGCCUCACUUACUUGACUUGUAAAAUCUUUACUGAAUACAAACGGAAGAGGUGGUAUGUAUUAAAUCAUAUCGUUGCUUUUUUCCCCCAUCUUCAUGGUUUAAAAAUAGUUUAUUUAUUCUCUUCAUGUUUUUCACUUAUGAAAUUGGCAAGCUAGGAAAAAAAUUUUUUUUUUUUUAAUUAGGAGAGAAGAAACCUGCCAAUCACCAAAGCUCUUCACAUCUUAAAAGCCCAUCUCCUAUAAAACUGACCUAAUAGACAAGCUGAAUUUGAAAUAAACUGUGAAGUAGGCUGUAAAUUGUAGAAAACUUUAAUUCUUUUAACAUCUGUUAUGACUCAAAUAAUCUAUUGAAUACCAAGAUAAAGAAAAAUUCACCUAAAAACUCAUUAAAAUUCUCUGGAAUCACCAAGUCAAGGUGGUAUUGAUUUGUGUUCAUCAGGUAACUUAUUGCCUAACCUAUAAAUAAAUUCAAAAAUAUCCAAUUCAUUUCAUCUUGAAAUGGUGCUUUUUUCCCUCACCAUGUAUAAUUGGACUGCUGUAGUUCAAAACAAAAUUUAAACCACUUUCUCUCACUGCUAACUUUUUUCUACUUUUGUAAAUAGAAACAUUUCAGCAUAAAAGUCAUACGUAUGAAGCAAGGGCUGAAUCAUCAUCACAAGGCUUUAAUUUUGAUAAAGUGAUCCAGUGAUCUAAAGAUAUACUGCAAAAAUUGAUUGAGAAGGUAGUGUUGGGAGUUGUGGUAGGUAGUGGGUUUUUGGUUUUUUUCUUCCCCUAACUCUUUAGGAAAAAGGUAAGUUGACUUGAACAACCUUCUUUUGCACUGGGAAAAUGAACAAAGGUUUGAAAUGCUUUUAAAAUAUUUUUUUGUAUUUAAAAAACACUCUGGAAAAUAUUAAAUACCUGUAACUUAUAUACACCAACUUUCAAUGUAAUAAGUAUACCCUAAUCUUAUGUAUGUUUAACUGGAUUACAUAGAUUAUUAUCUUUUGUUAAAAUAUGUAUACUCAGUGGACCAAUAUAAUAUUAAAGUAUGUAUAUAUUAUAUAAAUAUAUAUCUAUAUCUCCAUGCUCACUUGUGUAGGAUGAAUGUCUUAAGUCCUUUGUGUUUAUACUUUACAUUGUUGACUCUGCUUCCAGAGCCUGUGCUUGAAAAGAACACAUAAGUAUUGCUGAGGUGAUAAGUGGCACUACUUAGAAAGUUCUAACCAUCUUCUACAUACUUGUUCAGGUUGAUUGGGGCUCUCUUUAUAGAAUUUUCUCUUACAUUUCAAAUUUCCACAUUGUAGCCUGUAAUUAUGAGAACAAUAAGGUAUAAGUACAUAAUAAAGCAUACUAUCCAUAUAUCCUA